AUGGUAGAAAUUCGGUUUGCAAAAGAGUUGCCCAAUUUCAGACAUUUGGCCUACUUUGAAGCAUUGGGCAAGAAGUAUCCAAAUUUCAGAGAUUUACAUUUGAUAUUCGACACAAUAAAAAAAUCCAAUCCCUCAGUUUUGAACAAAGUGGUCGCAGUUUCAGGAGACGUCAGCGAAUUAGAACUAGGCCUUCAGACAACCGACAAAAAAUUGGUACUUUCAUCUAACGUGGUGUUCCACGCAGCCGCCAGUGUAAGGUUCGAUGAUCCCCUAAAAAAAGCAACUUUCAUGAACACCAGAGGAACCAGAGAAGUUAUGGAACUGAUGUUGCAAAUGCCUAAUUUGGUGGUUGGUGUCCACGUGUCGACCACAUAUUGCAACACCGACAAGGAUGUCAUCGAAGAAAAAGUUUACAGGGACCAUGGUGAUUGGAGAGAGGCUAUAAGGAUUGCCGAAAAUUUUGAAGACGAGUAUAAAAUGGAAUGUUUGACCGGAAAGUGUUUGAGAAGCAUGAAGAAUACUUAUAUUUAUACAAAGCAUUUGGCUGAGAACGUCGUGGAAGACUAUAGUGACAGGCUGCCUUUGGUCAUAUAUAGACCAGGAGUUGUGGUGUCCAUAUGGAAGGAUCCAUUACCAGGCUGGACUGAUAACAUAAAUGGACCUAUUGGUCUAAAUGUAGCUUCGGGCAAAGGUUUUCUAAGGGUGAUCCGUGCCGAUCCAGCACAAAUAGUUGACGACAUGCCAGUUGAUUUGGUCAUAAACGGUUUAGUGGCUGCUACAUGGAAAAAAGGAACAAAAAGAGACAUUGAAAAUCUGCCUGUCUACAAUUGCACAAUGGAAGGUUUCUUGAGACACACUCACAAACAUGUAAGGGACGUGUCUCUGGAGAUGAUCUCGAAUUAUCCAUAUAAUGGGACAAUUUGGUACCCAUUUUGUGAUUUCACCAAAAAUGCAUUGCUGUUCAAGAUCAAGUUUUUGCUAUACAAUGCUCUUGUUGCCAUUGUGGUCGAUAGCGUGUUAAAACCAUUAGGAAAAAAACCACUGAAUAAUUAUAUUGUCGAUGCCUCUAGUUUGGAUUUGUAUGACUACAUGGUCAAUGCAAGGAUAGGAACAUCAAAAUAUUUAUUGAGGGAAGAAAUUGAUUUGCCCACGGCCAGAUUCCAAUAUAAAUUGUUAGUUAAAAGUGCUGCACUACACACUAAAAUAUUUAUUCAUAGGAUACAUUCUAUAUUUUGUGAUAGCACCGAGAGUCCAACAUUUAUUUUUUAG